AUGACGGGUGAAGUGGUUUCCGAGGUUCACCUAGAAAUCAAUGAUUCAAAACUCAUUUCACAAGAGGAAACAGACAGUCCUUCAGACAGUGGACAGGGCAGCUGUGAAACAAUUGGGCCCUUGAGUGAACAAGAUUCAGAUGAAGAGAUACUUGUCAGCAGGAAAUUGAAAAGUAGGAAGGUGCUGCAAGAAAGUGAUUCUGAAAGAGAAGACCCAAAUGUGUCUCCAGAGAAAACUACCUAUGACGAUGAUGAAGAGGAGGAUAAAGAGAACCUGUGUGCUGGAAAGAAUGGAGAAGCCAGAAGGAUCUAUAAAACUCUGGCAGACAGUGAUGAAAGUGACAUUGAGGAGUCUUUAUGUCAGGAGAAUUCUGAAACCCAAGUGACACCUUGCUUAGAGAUGAGUCUCCAGUCUGAAAACUCUAUGGACUCUACAGUUGACAGAAAGAUUUCCAAAAAGCCCAUUUGUGGCAAAGAAGGAAUUGGAGGAAAAGCAAAAGUAAAAUCAAAGCGAAGACUUGAGAAAGAAGAGCGAAAGAUGGAAAAAAUUAGGCAGCUGAAAAAGAAGAAAACAAAAAAUGAGGAAGAUGAUGUGAAACAGCCAUUUAAUGACAGUGGCUGUCUACUUGUGGAUAAAGACCUUUUUGAAACUGGGUUGGAGGAGGAAAAUCACUCUCCAUUAGAAGAUGAAGAGUCAUUAGAAUCAAUAAGGGCGGCUGUGAAAAGCAAAGUAAAAAAGCACAAGAAAAAGGAACUGUCUUUGGAGAGUGGGGUCUAUUCAUUUGAAGAAGAAACUGAGUUGUCAAAAGGCACCACGAGGAAGGAAAGAAAGGCAGCCAAGUUAAGUAAGGAAGCAUUAAAAAAAUUGCAUAGUGAGACUCAGCGCCUUAUUCGAGAGUCUGCACUUAAUCUUCCAUAUCACAUGCCUAAGAAUAAAACCAUUCAUGAGUUCUUCAAACGUAAACCCCGGCCCACUUGCCAGGGAAAUGCCAUGGCGCUCCUGAAGUCCACUAAGUAUCAGGCAAGCCAUCACAAAGAAACCAUAGUCACUGAAAACAUGACUGAGAUGAAUGGCGACCACCACAGCAAAGACUCUGCGCAGACAACAGGUCCAGGAUGUGCAGCGGAAAUUAAUCCGCUUCCUGCAGUUUCAAAGGAGCCCCAGAUCACUGCUGGAUCCGAUGAGCCUUGCGGGAAAGAUUUGACAGGAAGCGAAGAGCUAGAAGUUCCCGAGAAACAGGAGCAAAGUGAUGCUAGACCUUCACCUGGAGACGUCUCGGUGGCACGUCAAGAAUGCAGCGUCCUGGGGAACAAGGACAGUGAAGAGCAUCAGACUGAAGGGCUUGUGGCACCUGAACCUCAUGCCCUCGAGGAAGAAAAAGGCCUGAGAAAAACAGAAGCAGCAGAUGAGAAGGUGGAAGAGCCCAGCCAGCAAAAUGAAUCAACAGCAGCGGUGCCACCUGAAAAAGCAAGGAGGUUCACUGUGGAUAGACUUAAGCAACUGGGAGUAGAUGUUUUCGGUAAACCUCAGCUGGGUGCUGACAGAGAUUCCUUUGUGAUACUUGAAGAAGCUGAAACCAACAGAGAACUGGAAGCCUUGAAGCAGCGUUUCUGGAAGCAUGCUAAUCCAGCAGCCAAACCCAGGGCUGGUCAGAAGGUGAACGUGAACAUCAUAGUGAAAGAUGUGGGCACUGAUGGGAAGGAAGAGCUCAAGGCAGACGUGGUGCCCGUGACUUUGGCAGCUGAGAAGCUGGAUGGGGCAAGCCACACAAAACCAGGGGAGAAGCUUCAGGUGCUGAAAGCUAAACUUCAAGAAGCAAUGAAACUCCGAAGGUUGGAGGAGCGUCAGAAACGCCAAGCAUUACUCAAGUUAGAUAAUGAGGAUGGAUUUGAGGAAGAGGAGGAGGAGGAGGAAGAAAUGACAGAUGAGUCUGAGGAAGAUGGAGAAGAGGAGGGAGAGGAAGCCUUGGAGGAAGAAGAGGGAGAGGAGGAAGAAGGCAAUGAGGAGACUGCAGAAUUCCUUCUCGGUGGUGAAGGAGUAGAAACCAAAGAUGAGAAAGAAAUAGAUAAAGAAAACAAUGAUGAUGGCAGUGGUGAAACUGGCAAGUCAGUUGGCCUCUCUGUCCCCAAGCCUCUCUCAUCUGAUUCUACCUUCCUUCUAUUCAAGGACAGCUCUUCCAAGAUGGGUUACUCUCCUAGUGAAGAAAAAUCAGAAAUAGAUGAAAACUCAGGCAAAAGAACUAGCAAAUUAGAUGAAGAUGAUUCAUGCUCAUUACUGACAAAGGAGAGCAGCCACAAUAGCAGCUUUGAGCUGAUAGGCUCCACACUUCCAUCCUAUCAGCCUUGUAACAGACAAACAGGCCGUGGGACCAGUCUCUUCCCUACAGCAGGAGGAUUCAGAUCUCCUUCCCCAGGGCUAUUUCGAGCCAGUUUGGUCAGUUCAGCCUCUAAGAGUUCAGGAAAGCUGUCUGAGCCUUCACUUCCCAUAGAGGAUUCCCAAGAUCUGUAUAACGCCUCCCCAGAACCUAAGACACUUUUCCUAGGAGCAGGAGACUUCCAGUUCUGCUUAGAAGAUGACACUCAGAGCCAACUGUUGGAUGCAGAUGGGUUCUUAAAUGUUAGAAACCACAGGAAUCAAUACCAAGAUUUGAAGCCUCGGUUGCCGUUGGCCAGUAUGGAUGAGAACGCCAUGGAUGCCAACAUGGAUGAACUGUUGGAUUUGUGUACUGGGAAGUUUGCAUCUCAGGCUGAAAAGCCUCUGCCUGGGAAGAGUGACAAGAAAGAGAACAUGGAGGAACUUCUGGAUCUUUGUUCAGGAAAAUUUACUUCUCAGGAUGUCUCUACUCUGGAUCCAUCAGAGUUAAAUAAGCAGGAGAAGGAGAGCAGCCUGGGUGACCCAAUGGAAGAAGCACUCGCUCUUUGUUCAGGCUCUUUCCCAACAGACCGGGAAGAAGAAGGUGAAGAGGAGGAAUUUGGAGACUUUCGGCUUGUCCCAAAUGAUAAUGAGUUUGAUAGUGAUGAGGAUGAGCACAGUGAUUCUGGCAAGGAGGAUCUGACCCCGGAAGACCGUGAAGAUGAGGAUGAGGAAGACCUCCUGCAGCAGUCGGAGAAGUCAAAACGGCAAAUGAGAUUAAAGAAAUACCUGGAGGACGAGGCAGAGGUGUCAGGGAGUGACGUGGGAAGCGAAGACGAGUACGAUGGGGAAGAGCUUGAUGAAUAUGAAGAGGAUGUGAUUGAUGAAGUACUUCCUUCUGAUGAGGAACUGCAGAGUCAAGUCAAGAAAAUACACAUGAAAACAAUGUUAGAUGAUGAUAAGCGCCAGCUACGUUUGUACCAAGAAAGGUACCUUGCUGAUGGGGACCUGCACAGCGAUGGUCCUGGACGAAUGAGGAGAUUCCGAUGGAAAAACAUAGAUGAUGCUUCCCAGAUGGACUUGUUCCACAGAGACUCUGAUGAUGAUCAGAUUGAAGAACAGCUUGACGAGACGGAAGCCAGAUGGAGAAAGGAGCGAAUUGAACGAGAGCAGUGGCUUCGGGACCAUGCACAGCAGGGGAAAAUUGCAGCUGAAGAUGAAGAAGAGAUUGGGGAAGACAGUCAGUUCAUGAUGCUGGCCAAGAAGGUUACAGCCAAAGCUCUGCAGAAGAAUGUCAGUCACACUGUGGUUAUUCAAGAAUCAAAGUCUUUAUUCAGAAAUCCUUUUGAAGCCAUCAAACCAGGAAGUGACAGCCAGCUGAAGACAGGCUCCCUGCUCAACCAGCCCAAAGCUGUGCUUCAGAAACUGGCUGCCCUCUCUGACCUCAACCCCAGUGCUCCCCGAAAUUCUAGAAACUUUGUCUUCCAUACACUUUCUCCUGUCAAGGCUGAGGCAGCAAAGGAAUCAUCUAAGCCUCGGGUACGAAGAAGGGGUCCGUCUUUAAUGACACCCACUUCACCUAAGCGCCUCAAAACAGAUGAUAGCACUUCAGAAUCGAAGCAAAGCAUUUUCCGUUACUUGGAAAGCUAG